UUGGAGGUCCGAAUGAAGACCAUCCAAGACUGGACGUUAAAUAUUUGCUUUUUCCUGCAAUAUUUACUACGCUCUGCAACCCCACCACAACCAAACCACGGCGACCAGAUAACUCAAUUUUUUCUUUCACACGCACAAAGGAUAUCAAUCGAUAUACUUUUCAUUAGACAAAAUGGCUGCUACGGAAGGAUAUCCUCUUCUCUGCCUAGAGAAUCCCCUGCUGGAUAUUCAGGGAGUCGGAGAUGCCGCCUUGCUCGAGAAAUAUGGCCUGAAACCCAACGAUGCCAUUCUUGCAGAGGAGAAGCAUAUGGGUCUCUUCGAGGACCUCAUCCAAAACCGUGGUGCCAAGUUGAUUGCAGGAGGGGCUGCACAGAACACUGCCCGUGGCGCUCAGUACAUUCUCCCACCAAACUCCGUGCUUUAUAUCGGCUGUGUCGGCAAGGAUAAAUACGCAGAUAUUCUCCAAGAAGCCUGCAACAAGGCUGGCCUGCGUACCGAGUAUCGUGUUGACGUGACUCAACCCACCGGCCGCUGCGGUGUCAUCAUCACUGGUCAUGAGCGGAGUCUUUGCACCCACCUUGCCGCUUCCAACGAGUACAAGUUGGACCACCUGAAGCAGCCACAUAUCUGGUCCCUGGUGGAGAAGGCUAAGGUGUACUAUGUUGGCGGUUACCAUUUGACCGUCUGUGUGCCGGCAAUCCUGGCAUUGGCUGAGGAGGCUGCUACGAAGAACAAGACUUUCAUGCUCUCCCUCUCAGCCCCCUUCAUCCCUCAAUUCUUCAAGGACCAACUCGACUCCGUCUUCCCGUACACAGAUUACGUCCUAGGCAACGAGGCGGAAGCUCUCUCCUACUCCGAAUCUCAUGGAUGGGGAAUCACUGACGUCGAAGAAAUCGCCAAGAAGAUGGCUACCCUGCCCAAGAAGAACACUAACAGGCCCCGAAUCGUCAUCAUCACGCAAGGGACUGACCCAACCAUCUCCGCUGUUGCUAGUGCUGACGGAAAUGUUGAAGUUAAGCUGACCUCCGUUCAUGCCAUCUCAAAGGAUGAGAUCAAUGACACCAACGGUGCUGGUGAUGCCUUCGCCGGUGGCUUCUGCGCUGGCGUCGUAGAGGGCAAGAGCAUCGAAGAAAGUGUUGAUAUGGGCCAUUGGCUCGCCGGACUCAGUAUUAGGGAAUUGGGCCCAUCCUACCCCUUCCCCAAACAAACCUACAAACCCUCGUAGAAAAUUUCGGACUCAGUAAACUAAAGGGGAAAAUAGAGUUGCCUUCCUACCCCCCCACACCCUCUUGACCUCCGCAGCAACCCCUUUUCCCUCUCCACCACAUUCCUUAUUCAUUCCCAGCCCAUUAGACAUCCACAGGCUCAACCCCAGAUACCCGCAUGGAGCAUAGCGACCCUCCCCUCUAACUCAUAAAUAGUUAGAUCUAGACCCUUCAUCCUGCGUCUAGAAAUUCUGUCCCCCCCAUUUCCGCCCUUCCUCCCUCCUCUCUUCUUAUCUUUACCCUUUUUCAAAUGGGAAUUUUUAAAAAGAAUAUUAUAAGCAUAUAUCAGCACAUUCAACCCCGCUGGUACUUUCCGUUGGGCAGUCCCUGUUAUCGUAUUUCCGCAUUGCACCCAACGAGUCUACAUUUCGGUGUUUUGCUUUUUGGUUCCGAUGAAAACAUUCAAUUAUUUUGUUUUGCGCCCACUCUUUUUGAUUUUAUGGCUGGGAAAAAAAAAAAAAAAAGCACCAACAUGGAAAUGAGAUGGUUAGAAGAAAAACAAAAUUUCAACUGCCAGAUAGAGAAUUUCUUUUCAGAAAAGAAAAGAAAAAGGGAAGUAAGAAGAUUUAAUGAUAGAAUUGUCUCGUUUUCAACAACGCGUUAUGGUACUUUUUUCCCGCAAAUAAUAAAGUGUUGAUUUUUUCCUACUUCCUUUCCUGCUGGAUACGUUAUUCAAUGCAAACUCCCAUAGGUGCACAGCUUUGCUCUAAAUAGAUCGUAUUAGAUACACCUCGAUCUAACGCGGAGGAAAUACGUAUAUCUCUACCCGGGGGUGGGGUUGGGCUGUAGAGCUGAUGGGAUGAAGAGAGCGAAGGGUAAUUAUUUAACUAUAAAUAAAAUAAAGGGAAAAAAAAU